GUUACUUAUGGCUCCAAAUUCUGUUCACGAAUCACAGCCCUUGAUUCUCGACCCCCAUGUAGUAGGGGCGCGCUUCAAAAUCGAAUACGUAAAUCAGAGUGUCCACAUCAGCGAUCUCACAUGAAACUGACCGUGUUGGAAAAGUCUUGCUGUGGAAAUUUGUCAGCAUUGCAGAAAGAGUGUCCACGUCAACCUUGUUUUCCCGCUCAUGAGGGUCCUUGGUCGAAAGAAAACAACUUUAUAAACCUGCAGAUCACAAUUUUGAAUUCAGUACACAAGGAAAUCUUCGGAAUUGAGCCUCUUCAGUCUUCAUUCUCAAAUCUCUGUGUUACACUGCGAGUGAGGUUAAUGGAGGAACCCGUUGCGCAACAGCAAGCCGCUGAUGUUACUGGGAACUCCGGAAGACCCAGGCUUCAAAAGUACGCGCUGCGUUCGGCGUCUAAAGUCAAGGAACAGAAACCUGAUGCUUCCGAUUUAUCCAAUUCUUCUGCUUCAAAGAGGGUGAGACCUGCUGCUUCAAGUGUAAGUAAAAGCGUGGGAGUUCUUGAUCUCUCUGGCAAGGAUAAGUCUGCUGCUGCUAAACCACUAAGGAGGUUCUCUAUUCCUGCCAAAGCUGCUGCCACUCCAGGACCAAAGCUGUCUGGCAACAUUACACCAAUCUCAGAGACCAGAACCAGGAGGUCUGCUAAUGGUCAAGGCAGAAUCGAAACACCCAUUUCUUACAUAUCCAGACCUUCGAGUCGAACGAAGUUCAAUAUGUUGUCUAAAUCUUCAUAUUGGUUAUCCCACAUCAAAGUAUCAGAAUCUUCUGCCAAGCACUCAAUUUCACUUGGCUUUUUCAAACUAGCGUCGGAGGCAGGAUGCGAGCCUCUCAAGAAAAUGCAAGAUGAGCUGAAGUCAUAUGUGCGCCGACACAAUCUUACUGAUCUUGGAGACCCUGUGAAAGAGCUGUUCCAAAGCUAUAAUAUCACAGAAGAUAAUACUGAGCAGUCGCAGGUACCUGAAACUAUUUCGCAGGUGCCAGAAGAGGGGACUCGAUCCUCUGAUGAUGAUGUACACAGCUCCUCUUCUACCAUGGGUACUGGGAAACUCAAACCCAAGUGUUUAAACAUUGAUUCUACUCAAGUUUCUCCCCCUGCAAGAGAGUCAACCAAGAAGGUGACCGUACAGAAGAAUAAUGCCGGAUCCAGGGUGAGAGUAGAUGCCAGCAAGAAUUCUUCAAAUUCAAUGCCCGCUUUAGAAAACUGUAGCCGCAGAUCAUUGAAAAAAUCUGAGAAGCCGAGCAAGAAAGAAGCUAGUAAAGAAAAAGGCGAGGACAUGAAGCAGGGAAAGAAAAGCGAAGUUGAGCAGACCUCUGUCAGCCAUGCACUUCCUGAAGUGACAAAUAUGGGAAACAAAGAAAAUAUGGAUGCUUCUCUCACUGAAGAGAGGGUUUAAUAAGCUCGUGCUUGCACCUUUCAAUUGUGUCAGUUUCGAAACUAGUUUGUUCUCGUGUGGAGCUUGCUUUAGUUGUAUAGUCCUGGUGAAGAUUGUUUCUCAUGGUCUGGCGUCUGAAGACAGUUUUUCAAUCAUGUUUGGUCGUUGGACUUCGCCUGUGUUUGUUGUCUACAAUACACAUGCAGAUCAAAUUUAAACUGUACUGAAUUUCAAGGGUUGUUUAAUUUGUUUUUACUUUUUACACAGUUAAACAAAAUCACAGCAUAUUUUAAAGUCCAGUCUCCCACCACCCCUUUUAAUAAAUCCUCAUCUUUCGUUGAAUUUA